UUGCUUUAGUAUUGUCCUUUGAACAUUUUUCAUUCAGGUGCUGAGCAGCGUGUGCGCGCAGAAUGAGUUCUACUUACACUUUCAUUUUGUCACUGUUGUUGUUCGUAGGUUUUUCUAGUUCGAAGAAAAUACCACCAUAUUUAACCCUAUGUAGUCGCCACGAUCCAAACCUAAAUGAAUGUGUCAAGAAUGCCGUGGAACAGCUUAGACCACAUUUGGCUCUUGGUGUUCCAGAACUAUUACUUCCACCUAUGGAUCCUCUGGUUUUACCUGAAGCGGGACUUAGUAGUGGUGACAACUUUAAAGCAUCAUUCAAAAAUAUUCAAAUUUACUAUGCCAAUGAAUUUAGAAUCGAUAACUUAAAUGUAAACUUAGACAAAUAUCAUAUAGAUUUAGAACUUAGUUUUCCAAGACUAAGGAUUUUAUCUCAAUAUAAUAUAGAUGGAAGGAUUUUAGUCCUACAACUUCAUGGACAUGGUCCAGCUGACGGAAAUUUCACUGAUGUAUCUGCAAACGCAGCCUUCGAGGGAGAAUUGAAAUCAAAAAAAGGAAAAGAGUAUAUUACCAUAAAAUCAGUUAAAGUAGAUUUAAAAAUUGGAAAACCUUUCUUCCAAUUUGAGAACAUCUUUAAUGGAAACGAAGAACUGAAUGUACAGACCAAUAAAAUUAUAAAUGAGAAUGUGGUGGAUAUAAUCGACGAACUAAGACCUGUUAUUGACAAAACAGUUACCGACUUUGCUAUCGGAAUUGUCAGUAGAGUAUUUAAUAGAUUUUCAUUUGAUGAACUGUUUCCUAAAUAAAUUAAAUAGCUAGUAAA